AUGAGUUGCCCUUUUAAUGAGGAGCAGUUGGUGCAACUAAAGGCAUUUGUAGAGCUAUGCAAAGCGCAACCUCAAAUUAUUCACCAUCCGAAACUAUCUUUCUUCAAAGAUUAUUUGGUAUCCUUGGGUGUUAUUUUGCCGACUGCAACCUUUGGUACAAAAUCUUUUACUGCUGCUGGAGAUGGUCAGACUGGCAGUAACUUUAAAGAAAAUACAGCUAAAGCACCCUCUUCUGAAUCUGAAGAUACUGAACCCGAAUCAGAUGUGGAACUAGAUAUGGAAGGUGUCAUUGAGGGAGACCCAUCAGAAGCGACUCAGGAAAUGGGUGAUGCAGCGAAAGAAAUAACAGACGAAGAAAGAGAUCAAUCAGAUGAGAAGCGUUCUGAAGCAAUGGGGGCUUUUUCAGAGCAGAACUAUGAAGGAGCUAUCACAUUGUACACAGAAGCUAUUAAACUUAAUCCUCAAAGUGCAUUGCUCUAUGCAAAAAGAGGUCAAGUGUUCCUUAAAAUGAACAUGCUGUAUGCCUGUAUCAAGGACUGUACUCAUGCACUUGAGCUCAACUGUGAUAGUGCUGCUGCGUAUAAAUUCCGCGGACGCGCUUACAGGCUUCUAGGAAAAUUUGAUGCAGCUUCUCACGAUCUUUGUGAGUCUCUAAAGAUCGAUUACGAUGAUCAAACUAACGAAUGGUUGAAUGAAGUUAAACCCAACGCUGAAAAACUUCGUCAACACAAACUGAGUGUUCAGCGGAAGAAGGAAGAAAAAGAGCAUCGCGAAAAACUUCGUAGAGCUCGCAAAGCCCAAGAAGCUCGUGCGAAUGCUGCGCGUGAGCAAGCCGAAGCUGGAGCUGGUAUUCCAGGUUUUGGUGGCAUGCCAGGAGCGGGCGGCAUGCCAGGAGCUGGUGGCAUGCCAGGAGCUGGUGGCAUGUUCGACAAGGAUGUUUUCUAUAAACUUUUGAGUGACCCAGAUUUGAUGGCUGCUUUUGAGGACCCUGAAGUGACAAAGGCCUGCUACGAUGUAUCAUCAAACCCAGCAAAUUUUGCUAAGUAUCAAAACAAUCCUAAAGUGAUGGCUGUUUUGGAAAUGAUGAAGAAGAAAUUCGGCGAUCAAGGUGUUCCGCGCUUUGGUACUGACGGAGCGAACGCAGGCGGCGCUACAAACCCAGAGCCCAAAUCCUACGACGAUGACGUUGGCCUUGACUAA